GUUGCAGUCAAUAAUCGACAGAAACAGGGAAAGAGGUGAUGUCACCUCUUCCCGCUAGCCAAUCAGAGCGAGGGAAGAAGGGAGGAGACAGACUGUAAGAGGGUGUGUUUUUCUACCACACUGCAGCAUCACUGAAGAAGGAACAAUCUAUUUAUUGGAGAGAUAGAAAAAAAAAUCAGAGAGAGAAGGAGAGAAAGAAAAGGAGUGGAACAGGGAAGGGAAAGGAAGGAACUAAUCAAGGACCAUCUUUUCCCCCCAGAAAAGCGGAGGCAGAGGCCGGCGAGUGAGAGAAGGCAGGAGCAGAAGCACGUGUGUCCUGAGCACCAGCUGAGAGGCCUGGAGAGAGGCCCGAUCCUCCAGAGGAGAGAGGGACACUGUGUGUGUGUGUGUGUGUGCGCGCGUGCGGGCGUGUGUGCGUGACACCGGGAGUCCGUGCCGUGCGUGAGCGAGCGAGCGCACACGCGCGUGCCAGACACAGCGGAUCUCCGGCGUGUGUGUGUGCGCGCGUCAGACAAAGCAGAUCUCCGGCGUGCGUGCGCGUGUGUGUGCGCGUCAGACAAAGCCUGGCUCGGGCGUGUGCAUGAAGGGGACAGUGAGCUAUGCCUUCAACGAAGCAUCAGCGGGCCGGGGGUGGGAGAUCACGCGCUCCUCUCCUCCUCCUCCUGCUCUUCCUCAUCUCGUCCCUCGUUCCGCAGCCGAUCCAGGGGGCCAUCCACGUCCCCGAUAGCUACAAAAUAAGCAACUUGAAGAAGCCGCCCACGAUUACCGCCCAGCCAAAGUCAUACACUGCCUUUCCUGUCGAUGACAUCAUUCUUGUCUGCAAUGCUUCUGGGAAUCCCCCACCAACAUUUCGCUGGACUAGGAACGGGACGCGCUUCGACCCCAUCGCGGACCCUGGGACUUCGGUGUCGAACAAUUCUGGAACGUUCACCGUGGUGGCGAGUGACCCGGUGGAGCAGUACCGGGGACGAUACCGCUGCUAUGCCGCCAACGAGCUCGGCACCGCCGUCUCGGACGAGGCCCGGCUGAUCAUCGAGAAUAAUCCCACCCUGCCGAAAGAGAAGAAGGUGAAAAUUAGUGUGGAGGAGGGGCAUAGCGUGGUCCUGAACUGUAACCCACCCUUUAGCAGUGCCCCACCACAAAUUCACUGGAUGGACAAAGACCUGAAGCACAUCCAGCUGAGUGAGAGGGUGACUACCGGCCUGGACGGCAGCCUGUACUUCGCCAACGUGAACGCCAGCGACAGCCGCUCCGACUACAGCUGUAACCCUCACUACACCAACGCCAGGACCAUCCUACCCAUGGAGCCUAUAUCUCUCACCGUUAUCCCCUCUAACGCAGUGGUAAGCAACAGGAAGCCCAGUCUACUGAGUCCGUCUACAGGCCGCAGCUCUCAUUUGGCCCUGAGAGGCAAAAGCCUGGUGCUGGAGUGCAUCCCCGAAGGACACCCUACUCCCACGGUGCAGUGGGUGAGGAAGGACGGCACUCUCUCGGCCUCUCGCACCUCCAAGCAGAAUCACGGCAUGUGGCUGAGCUUCGCGGAGAUCUCAGAAAACGACGACGGGGAGUACGAGUGCCAGGCCACCAACUUGAUGGGCGUAGCCAAGCACUCCUUCACCGUCACCGUGGAAGCGGCUCCACACUGGACCAAGCAGCCUGAGAGCCAGCUCUACGCCCCUGGAGAGACCGUGCGUCUGCACUGCGAGGCCAGCGGCAUCCCCACGCCCAGCAUCUCCUGGAGCAUGAACGGAGACCCCAUUUCAGGCAUUGACCAGGAUUCCAGGCGCAGGGUCCAUGGAGGAACGAUAAUACUCAAAGAAGUUAAGUUUGAAGACACGGCAGUGUAUCAGUGUCAGGCAUCCAACAAGCACGGCACCAUCCUCGUCAACGCCUUCAUUCAUGUGAUAAUGCUUCCUCCUCAGAUCCUUACAAAGGAUGAGGAGGUCUACAAAGUAACCGAGGGUCAGACAGCUGCCCUCAAAUGCAACACUUUCGGAUCCCCCCGUCCCAAGGUUACGUGGGACAGCCCGAGUUGGGACUCGGUGCUCUCCAACCCCCGGAUGUCCAUUCUCACCACCGGAGUCCUGCAGGUUAACAACACCUCCAUGGAGGACGCCGGCUUGUACACCUGCUCAGUGCUGAACAGCAACCUGUCGAUCACUGCCCAGCUGCAGGUGUUCAACCGGUCAGUGAUCCAGCCACUUCCUGAGUCUCAGCGAGUUCGCAGUGGACAAUUGGUCACCAUCACCUGCCACGCCCGCAUCGACGCCCAGCUAAAAAUCGUACAGAGACAGUGGAGGAAGGGGAGACAGAAACUCAUGGAGUCCUCCGAAAACAAGUACACAUUUGAUGGCCCCUCCCUGAUGAUUUCAGACAUUCAGUCUGAAGAUGAGGGGAAGUACACCUGUGAAGUCAUAACAAACCUGGAUAUGGCCGAUGCCACUGUUUCCAUUAUUGUAAUGGACCGGCCCGAUCCACCCAAGAACCUUCAGGUUAUCGAACACCCAGACCCAGAACGCCUGACCGUCCGCUGGACCCCUGGAGACCAUCACAACAGCCCCAUUGAGGCAUUCAUUGUGGAGGUUGAGGAGCAGCGGUUUGGAAAGGGGGAAUGGGUGAAGGAGAAAAGGGUGAAGGGAGAUGUUGCCCAGGCGGACCUCCACCUCCAUCCGUUCUGCAUCUACCGUGUUCAGGUCAAAGCCAUCAACGGGCUGGGAGAGAGUGACCCCGCGGAGUCCCCUGAGCUCUACGAGAUGCCUGCUGCCGCUCCUUCUGGGAGCCCAGAGAAUGUGCAAAGUGAGUCCAUUGAUCCAGACACCUUGGUGAUCACAUGGAAGGAGAUGGACAGGCUCAGCUUCAAUGGUCCCAAAUUCAAGUAUAAAGUGAUGUGGAAGAGGCAGGCUGAUAAGGGCGCACCGUGGGAGCACGCUGAGGUCGACAAGCCCCCUUUCGUCGUCAAGGAUGCAGGAACCUACACACCAUUUAUGGUCAAAGUGCAGGCUGUCAAUGAAAUGGGGGCAGGACCAGCCCCCCCUGAAGUGACAAUGCAUUCUGGAGAAGACAUUCCCACAGCUGCUCCGUCUGACAUACGUGUGGAGCCGAUGGUCAGUGCGGACAGACUGACCUCGCUAGUGCAAGUGAAGUGGGCCGCUGUGCAUCCCGAGACAGUCCGAGGCCAUCUGCUGGGGUACAAGAUUCAUCUGCAACGGCUGGGUGUUCGGGGCAACGGCGUAGGCCAUAUGAAGCGGGGAAAGAGAGAGAGGAGGGAGAGGGAGAGAGAGAGGGAGCAGGAGAGCAACACAACUGUGGAGGUCAAGGGGCCCAAGGAGGAGGUGCUUUUGGAGGACCUGCGACUCUACUCCAACUAUAUCGUCAGCAUCGCUGCCUACAACAGCAAGGGAGAAGGACCCUAUUCCACGCCAGAGAGCUUCAGUACGCCUGAGGGAAAGCCUGAGCCUCCUGCCUCCCUGAAAUUCACCAGUCCCACUGAGACAGAGCUGACCCUCCACUGGACACCACCUGCCCAGCUCAACGGGGUGCUGCAGGGAUACCUGCUCCAGUACCAAGAGAUUGUUUCAAGUAACGACAGCCCCUUGCAGGUGGUCACUAUUGAGGAUCCCUCAGCCUCUCACUUCACUCUCCAGUCUCUGAAUCCUCAAAGCUGGUACCGCUUCUAUCUGCGAGGCCGAACUGUAGCUGGAGACGGGGACGCCAUCACGAAGGACGCUGCCACCUUGCUGGACGGAGUCCCUCCCAGCAAUAUCAGCACGUCUGUCGGAGAGACAUACGUCAACCUGAGCUGGGUGCCAGGAGAGAGGCACAGAAAUGUGGAGUUCCACAUUCAGUACCAGAGAAACAAUGGUGGCUCUGAGAAGAUUUUCAAAACGGUGAACUCUAUUGAGUCCUUCCACAAGAUCGAUGACCUGAAACCGGGCACCCACUACAACUUCACUAUCAUCUUCAGCAAUAAAACGCACUGGGCCAAGGAAAUCAAGACGGAAGGGCCAGGCCUGUCUGAAGUGCAGGGGGGCUUUGCCACUCAGGGCUGGUUCAUUGGCCUCAUCAGCGCCAUCGUGCUGCUGCUGCUGAUUCUGCUCAUCCUGUGCUUCAUCAAGAGGAGCAAGGGCGGCAAGUAUUCAGUGAAGGAUAAGGAAGAGGGGCAGGUAGAUUCCGAGGCUCGGCCCAUGAAGGACGACACCUUUGGGGAGUACAGAUCUCUUGAAAGUGAUAAUGAGGAGAAGCGAACACCCAGCCAGCCGUCGCUGUGCGUGGAAAGCAAGCUGGGGAGUGACGAUAGCCUAGCGGAGUACGGCGACAGCGUCGACAUCCAGUUCAACGAGGACGGCUCCUUCAUCGGCCAGUACAGCGGCCAUCGGGACGGCCCGGGCCCCGGGGGCCCCGACAGCUCGGGGGCCACCUCCCCGGUCAACCCCUCCGCCAUGGUCCCGCCCGGCAUGGGCCACCCCAACUCCAUAAACCUUAUGGGCAGAGGCAAUUAGACCGCCUAAUGUCCCGCAGACACACCUGCACACACCGACUGACCCAACACUACACUGACCCUCAGCCCUGACCGAGAAGCUCACACUGACACACAGACCGAUUUCACGUCCACACUCCUCUCUGACACACUGCCGUAGGGACGGGGGGGGCGGGGGACUCACACUCCGAACUCUGGGACCGACUCCGACGCUGUGGACUGAAAGUGACGUCUCGACUUUGACUUGGGAAAGCGCUGACAUUCCUGUGAGGUUGACAGUAAACCGGUACUCACGUCUAAUUAACUGUCCUGCAAAUCGUUUACAAGUCCGGCUUGGCCUUCUCCAGGUAGCUUACAGAGUGUACUUUAACGACAUUUCAGAAGCCUAACACCCCUUCUCUCUCAGAACUCCGUGUGUUCUGUUCACCCUCGUGUCUCUUACACACAUAAUACAUCAGUACUUACCCUCCAGUAAGAUGAGGACCUGUUUUUCUGGGAGAGAAAGGACAGAAAGAGUACAACAGACAUAAUAGGGUCAUUACUACAGUAGCAGUACGGGACCCUGUUGUUUCUAUGGUAACCGAACAGAACCCUGUUGUCACUACAGUAACCAAAAAGAACUCUGAUGUUAAUGCAGUAAUAGAAUAGACCCCCUGUUGUUACUACAGCAAUGAAACAGAACCCUGUUGACACUGCAGUAGCCAAACGGAACCCUGUGGAUACUGCAGUUGCCAGACAGAACCCUGUUCUCCAUGCAGUAAAAUAGAACAAAAUGCUGUUGUUGUUAAUAUAGUAAUACAGCCAUUUUUGAUAGGAGUGAGAGAGAGAGAGGGAUCAAAAUGAUAAAAGUGAGAGGAUGGGGACCAUGGGGACUUUAAACAUGGUAAACCUCUUGAGUGUAAUAUAGUUAAGUUUCAUCAAACCAUGAUCAUUUUAUGGGCCCUUUCUGUAUGAACUGAGCGUCUUAAAAUGUUUGCCAUCCUCAUUUCGGGGCCAUAGAAACCCUGUUGCGUUUGUCCUGGUUAUUAUUUCUAGGGACCAAGUACCAUAGAGGCAUGGGGUCUCUUGUUUUUGUCUGCUCUAUUUAAGCAUUUUGAUUGUUAAUAUCCUUACUGUUGCUCUGUUGCUUUAGAAAUGACAGUGAUAACUCAGAAAAUCUCUGCAAUCGCACCACAUUUUUCAAGCUUAUAUUAAGAAAAAAAUUUGUCAGCAUGUGCCUAGUAAAAAGCCUUGACUAGACUGGUUUUAAUGCAAAAUUGCUACAAUUUUUUAACGAUAUUGCAUAAUUUUGAGUCACAUUUUUUUUGCUGGUUAAACAGUGUGGUAACACCAUGUUGCUAUUGCACUGAGUUUCCUUUUGGUUUCUAGAUGUUAAAAAUAAAUGGCUAUAAAUACUCACAAAUCUCUGAGGGGAAAGGAUGUGACAGCAGAAGGAGGUCUGUAGGUCAAAAUGGCGGCUGCUUGAGAUUUCGGGAGGCAAUCUGCCGGCUGUGUCAUUUCUUGUCAUUUAUUUGGUAGUGCACUUCCAAAAACAUAAACACACGACUUAGAUUUAUAUCAUGAGUUAGUUUCAGGUCCAGCUCCUCAUUUAAAAAUAAGAAUUUUUUCACAGCUUUGUUGUUUGAGAUGACCAAUGACUGCCAGGACCACACUGCCUCGGUUUUUAAAAGGUCAUAGCUAGACAGCUGAUGCUGUGUUGCUGUAGGUCUGAAUUCAGUCUCUGGUGAAGUGCCUGAGUAUUUCCCAGUCAAGGCUCUUUGGUAGUUAAUGAUUACAUUACAUUACAUUACAUUACAUUAAUCAUUUAGGACCAAACGUUUUCUAAAUGAAACUGAAUGUCAGCUCAGCUCUUUGUGAACUUCCUGUCCCAAAAGGCAUCUGGGUGAUUAUUUGAGAUGAUGUCCCAGGAUGGAUUAUUAUUUAUUGGCUGCGGUUGCCGUAAUCAUUGUUUACUGGUUGUUGUUGUUGCUAUAACCCUCUAGCAGAACUUUUUAAUGGGCUUCAUAGCAACUGCAAAGUAAAGCUUUGUGUGUAAGAGAAAAAUUGAGGAUUCUUAUCUCCUGAAGUACUGCAUAUUUUCACACAAUUGCAGUAAGGCAUGGCAAGCUGAACACAGAAUAUUUAGCUUCAUUUUCGUGUGUACAGUCCCACAACAUUCCAUCCUCUGACCUCUUCUAUGGGUCAGUGGCCCUAAUGCUUGGCCCCUGCCCAUUACUUUGUGCAGCUAUUAUUAUUAUUAUUAUUAUUAUUAUUAUUAUUAUUAUUAUUGCCAUUUAAGUGUCUUUGAAAUAUAAUUUAAAAGUGUCUUACUAGCAAUUAUUAUUGUUUUUUCAUUGUCAUCAAAUUUUCUUUAUUAUUUUUCUACUUUUUUUGUUCAUACAAGGUUAUUAUUUUUUGAUUACCAUGUUUACUUUAUAUUUGUGUAUUCAAAUUCAUACAUUAAAUGUGAUUGUUAUAUUCUUGAGUCAUGAUAAAUGUUUUAUAUUUUGUUAUGUUGUGUUCAUUUUUUAAUCCAUUUGUUUCUCUGUCCCUUUACAAAGUGUGUAUGUCUACAUUUAAUGUGUCUUGUGUAUAACUGUUGUACCUGUAUGGAAGAACUAUAGCCUAAUAUAUUUCCAUUACUGCACUGGCCAAAUCACAGAGAUCUGUAGGCUUCAAGCUAUAGAAAUUGAAAUAUUAUAUCAAAUGGUUAGAGGCAUUCUAUGAUAUCGCAGUUGAACCAUGUGUACGGCAGUCAUGUGACAUGGGUUUAGAAUGUGCAGUAGCAUUAGCGUUAGCAUCCUGCAUAUUCUCUGCUUCACACCGAUGCUUGUCUCGAUUUGCACAUGCGCAGUCAGGGAUCAAGCAUCCUUUCCAUUUCCACUGUCUUUAAUCUGCUUAUUUUCGGUAUGACUGUGAUCGUUUGUUUUGUGUCCUGUACUUCAUAAUCCGCACUGUCUUUUGCAUUUGGUCUCAUCACUGGGGUUCCUUUCAUCAUAAGGUGUACUAAAAAAUGUUCUGUUUUUAAAAGCAGAAAAGUACUGUUUUAAAUAUCAUGACAGACAUGUGUGAGUAAAGUUUCAGAUAUCACAAAAGGCAUAUCAGAUUUUGUGACAAUUUCUGUAUGAUUUCAUAUAUUGUGACAGGCAUAGCAGGACUGCUUUGCAAAUUGUGAAAAGCAUGUCAGUAAUGUUUGAGAUGUCAUGACAGAUUUAUCAGUACUGCUUCAGAUAUCGCGACAGGGAUAUGAACAUGACCCUCAUAAAUAUUCCCCUCAAGUGCAUCUUAUGGUGAAAGAGCUCUCUGUGAAUCUGUGUACGUGUGUGUGUGUGUGUGUGUGUGUGUGUGUUUGUUUAGGCCUACACUUGCCCAUGCUCUGUAUCACCUAUGUUCAUUUUUACACAGAGCAUUUAACAUCAUGCCUUAUUUGUAGAACACCCCCACUACAAUGGCGUUGGCCUGAGCAACGCGGGGGUGGAGGGAGGUCUGUAUAACUGAUGAUCAUCCUGAACCCGUCCCUGGUAACAGAGCUGAACCAACUGAACGAAUGUCCAGUGUAGUGCCACACAUUCUAUGAAAUAUACUGUAAAUUAAUUGGCUAGUGCAAGCUGGCCCAUAUUCAAAUUGGCAAGCUAGCAAAAACACAAUCAAUGGUAGUUUAAAGGUUAUUAAAAGAUGCAUUGUUAGUGCUCUGAUUCCAUUACUUUUUCUUCUCCAGCCACCAUUGUACUACCACUCCUUCAUUAGAGUUAAGCCUUAGCCACAAAGUCAGAGACACACACACCACGUACAUGCACACACCCACAUGCACAUUCACACGCACACAGACACAUACACGCACACAUGCGUACGCACACGCAUGCACAUACCCACACACAUACCAUGUACACAUAGACACGCACGCACACACACCAACACACACAUUCACACAUACACGCACGCACACACACACACACACACACACACACACAGCUCCAUGCAAUUAAGGGUUCGCCAAAAAAUGUAACACUCCAUUGUGGCUUCUUUCAUACAACUGAUAUUAAACAUAUCAAACAUAAAGCAUAUGGACAGAAAGAAAAGGUUUCUAUACCAAAUGUUCUGAAUUCAUAUAAAACUUAGCAACUUUGGCUAUGAAUGCAAUGAAACAGAAUGGAGGUGCUGCAUGGAUAAGGGAAUUAAGGAUAGAUAAGAGGGAGUAAUCAGAGAGAAAAAAUCAGAGUAACAGAGGAUCUGAAAUGAUGCUUUCUGAAUGUAAAUAAAAUUUAAAAGAUUGUGUAAGUUAUCAAUUCAUCAGGACUUUUCCCUUUCAUUUUUCUGCUUGUAUUAUAUGUUGUUUUAUGUUAACAAAUUUAGAUUUACAUGUGUUAAAUUGUCUGAAAGACUAUAUGAUAUCUUUUAUAUUAUUUUAUUUUUCUGGUCCAUGUAGCCCAAUAGUAUCUUGGCUGCAUUCCGAACACAUGCUCAAAAAGUACUAACCUCUCCAUCCCAUUCGUGGUCGUUGCAGCUAAAAAGAGAAAACAGUCCAUAACAAUUAUCACAAAUAGAAGAAACUACAGUACCAAUAAAUAUUAAGUUAUGAAUGAAA